AUGCAUAAGUCUGAGGCACCUAAGGAACCUGAACAACUCCGCAAGCUUUUCAUUGGAGGUUUGAGCUUCGAAACCACAGAUGAAAGCCUUCGAAACCAUUUUGAACAAUGGGGCACCCUAACUGACUGUGUGGUCAUGAGGGAUCCAGGCUCAAAGCGGUCUCGUGGCUUUGGCUUUGUUACUUAUGCUUCCACUGAGGAAGUUGAUGCAGCUAUGAAUGCAAGACCGCAUCGGGUGGAUGGUCGCAUGGUGGAGCCUAAACGAGCAGUUUCCAGAGAGGACUCUCAAAGACCAGGAGCACAUUUAACAGUCAAGAAAAUCUUUGUUGGGGGAAUAAAAGAGGACACAGAAGAACCUCACUUAAGAGACUAUUUUGAACAGUAUGGAAAGAUAGAAGCUGUUGAGAUAAUGACAGACCGUGCUAAUGGCAAGAAAAGGGGCUUUGCCUUUGUCACAUUUGAAGACCAUGAUUCAGUCGACAAAAUUGUCAUUCAGAAAUACCAUACCAUCAAUGACCACAAUUGUGAAGUAAGGAAAGCUCUGUCCAGGCAAGAGAUGGCCACAGCAUCUUCCAGUCAAAGAGGACGUGGUGGUGGAGGAGGAACUUUGGACGUGGCGGUGGUGGUGGCAGUGGUGGUAGUAGUGGUGGAUUUGGUGGCAGUGACAGCUAUGGUGGACGUGGAGGAAGCUUUGGUGGAAGCAGGGGUGGUGGCUUUGGUGGGCGUGGUGGCUAUGGAGGUGGCAGUGAUGGUGGCUACAAUGGAUUUAGUAAUGAUGGCUAUGGCAGCAACCCACCAUACUCUGGCAACCGUGGUUACGGAGGAGGCCAAGGCGGUUACGGAGGAGGCCAAGGCGGUUACGGUGGAAGUGGUGGUGGAUAUGAUGGCUACAGUGGAGGAGGCAGUGGAUUUGGUGGUGGAAAUGGUAACUUUGGUGGCAGUGGUGGUGGCGGCGGCGGAAGCAGCGGUGGUAACUACAAUGACUUUGGCAACUACAAUAACCAGUCCUCAUCAAACUUUGGGCCAAUGAAAGGUGGAAAUUACAGUGGAAGGAAUUCUGGACCUUAUGGUGGUGGUGGUGGUGGUGGUGAGGGUGGCUAUGGAGGUGGUUCCAGUGGAGGCAGUGGUGGAUAUGGCGGCGGUGGCGGCGGAAGAAGAUUUUAA